AUUACACUUAUCCAUUCUUGGGGAUACUCCUUUGGAUCUUCUUGUUGGAUUUUUAUUAUAUAAGACGAAUGAUCAACGGAAAUUCUUCGUUACCAAUGAAUAUUCAGUUCUAAGGUUUACUAUUUUAUUAGUUGCGAUAGAGGAGUCACUGGAAGCCUUUUCUGCAUUUGAAAAAAGACUACCGGUAUGGGAUAAUAUCAAGGAUGGGUUCAACUUUAACAAUAGAGAAAAUGUGACGAGUAUUAAAGAUAAAUACAUUUCCAUUGCAAAUAAUGCGGCAUCUAUUAUUGAAUUUAUAGAUUUUCGACGCAUUGAUGCUAAAAUUCUCAUAGAUAUUAUCGAGCCGUUGGAUUUGAUUUCCCCUAAAAAGUUAAUGGAGGCCUAUCGAUUUCAUAGUUAUGAGACAAAAUCUCCUUCACACUUUCGUGGGAUUCAUUGUAUUACGUGGGAUAAAGGCACUGAGGUGAUCAUGAAUUUAAAUAUGAAUUCUAGAGUAUGUCAAUUUUCUAUUGCUGGGAAAAAAUACGAUGCGGAGUGGAUUAAUCUUCCAUCAAAGUUGUACUUUGCUGCGGCCUUAAGCAAAGGAGGAAAAUAUAGGAUCAUAUCACUAUAA